AUGAAAGGCUUGGUUCGCACUACUUCGGCUUCGAAGCAUCGACCGCGUCGCUACAACGAAUCUCUAACCGACUGCACCUCAACAUUCGACUUCGACUUCGACUUCGUCUCGGCAGAAGCUAGGGCGUACCCCAGAAGCGACUCGCAUUGUCCUCGCCCGGGCAAUGUGGCAAAUAUGCGAGGGCUACCGGAAGGAGGACAGAGCCGCCCAAAGAAGUUAGUCCGCCAUCGCCAACAACAUCCAUUGCGCUUGGUAACACUUAACGUUGGGACGCGUACUGGAAGAAGUCGUGAACUGGCAGACAGUCUCAGAAAACGCCGUGUUGACAUAUGCUGUGUACAGGAGACUCGCUGGAAAGUCUCCAAGUCAAGGGAAUUAGGCUAUGACUACAAGCUCAUUUACCACUGCACAUCAAAUAGCAAUGGCAUUGGUAUCAUAUUGAACGAGUCCUUUAGAAACAGCGUCACAGCGGAAGAUCUAGAGCAGUACGUCCAAUUCCUCGAAGGCGAAGAAGUACUUCUAAUCGGAGGAGACUUCAACGGUUCUCGGAAAGACGGAUUCGAGAGUUCUCAUGGUGGAUACGGUUAUAGAGCUCGUAACGACGACGGGCUGCGAAUCCUGGAGUAUGCUGUUGCAAGUGACCUGAUCAUUGCUAACACGCAAACAUGUCGCUGCCCAACACCAUUUGCUCGUCAUGGACUUGAGAGUCUCCCGUCCAAGAAAAAGACAUCCAAGGACAGAAACACAGCUAAUCAAAUGGCAGAAUCUGGAAGACCGAAAGGAGGUGUUUUCGCGUCCGUGGCUUCAUCUACACUUCUCACCCUACUCGUAGUGAGGAGGAAAUGUGGUCGUCUACUUCCAGCGUUACACGAUGACCUCGGAGAACACUCUGGGAAGGACGACUCUAGGCGAAGUAGGACCGCUACAAUGCUGUGUACGACAUGUUUGAUACCAGGGAAGGCGAGGGGAGUGUAUAGUUUAGUCAGAGCGCGUCAUCGCUCAACGUUGAAUAUGGAGCACACCAAAAUCGUUAAGGGAGCUGAUGGAGCCGUUCUGCGUCGCUCUAGUCAGAUCCUAGAGAGGUGGCGAGAGUACUACAAUCAUUUGUGUAACGAAGAGCUCUGUCAACCUCCUAUCCCAACUGUUCCCACCGUCGGGGGUCCUAUUCUACUAAUUACUGCCGUCGAAGUCAGUGCCCUCGCAAAAAUGAAGUCGAACAAGGCAACCGUUCCUGAUGACAUACUUGCUGAUGUCUGGAAGCUGCUAGGAGAUCGAGGGCCUCUGCGACUGCUGUGCCAUACGAUGAAGGUUUUUGAGCGUGUCCUGGAAGCUUGUUUGAGGAAAAUUGUCAGCGUUUCACUCAACCAGUGCGGCUUUGUGAAGGACUGCAGCACUAUAGAUGCUAUCCAUGCUGUCCGUAUCCUCCUGGAGAAACAUCGAGAGGAGAACCGCAGUGUGCAUCUUGCUUUUCUCGAUCUCGAGAAAGCUUUCGACCGUACCCCCAUGGGCUGUUAUGGAUGUCCAUGA